CACAGCGGAAGUGUCAUGGCGCCGUGCGUCAUGCAGUGUCAGAAGCAGCACUAGCACAAAACAACUUGUAAUGACUCUUCUUUUACAAGUUUGGACUCCAUUUCUUAUAAGGGCAUCCCAGAAAUCAUAACUUAAGGAUGGCGGAUUCAGGCUCGGGUGACCCCAGUGGUCAACGUGUGCCAACCACCCCUGGAGGAAGUGGUAUGGGACUGCUGAUGGGCCGCAGACCACCAGCCGCCAUCUCAACGGGCCGUCUCCCAUCAAUGAGAUCAAGAGACCUCACCCUGGGAGGAGUGAAGAAGAAAACCUUUACGCCCAACAUUAUUGGCAGAAAAGUGAAAGAAGAAACAAAAGUUGAAGGCGGACAGAGGAGAGACAGGAAGGAUGGAGGUCGAGGUCGCGGUCCGAGAGACAGAGGCAGGGGCCGAGGUCGCCCAGAAGUCAUCCAGUCCCACUCUAUUUUUGAGCAGGGGCCUGCAGAGAUGAUGAUGAAGAAGAGAAGUGGAUAUGAAGGUGAGAAAGAGGCGCCGAGCGUGGGACCUUCACCCAUCAUCAAUAUUAAAAAAGAAUACAGAGAGACGGAGGAAGAGACCAAGGAGAUUCUGGCCAAGCUGGAGCGAGAUAAUUUUAUAGACGAUCCCUUCCUGAGGAGCGAGCGGAGGAGCUGCCCUGUCCAGCUUCCUCUUGCUGUGUCGGGGUGGGGAUUCACGGAGGAAUUCACUAAAGCUGCUGUUAAAGUUGAGAAGGUGGAUGAGGACGUAGAACCCAUGGAACAUGGAGUCGAAGUGAAACAGGAGCCAGAGGAAGCUGAAAUAAAGAAGACGGAGGCCGCUUUCAGACCCCCUCCUCUCCCUGAGCCUGAAGUCCUUCCUGACCUGCUGCAUAGAUGGAGUCUGAGCAAAGGGGAGGAGCUGUUCUUCAUGCAGAUGCCGGACACGCUGCCCGGCCAGCCCCCCACCAUCGAGCACAGGCCGGUGAAAACAGAGGUGCAGUCAGAGGACGGACAAUCUGUGCUGCUGAAAACAGAGUCUCAGGGGGAGGAAGCUGAAGACAACAACUGCAUUCUGAAAGACCUGCGGGAGGGACUUAUAGGGAAGAUGCUGGUGCGGAAGUCUGGCCGGGUCCAGCUCAUACUGGGACAAGUGACACUUGAUGUGUCUCUUGGAGCAUCGUGCUCUUUCCUUCAGGAGCUGGUCUCUAUUGGUUCGGAGGGAAGAACCGGCGACUUGACAGUAUUAGGGAAUGUCAAACAUAAAAUGGUUUGCUCCCCAGACUUUGAGGCUCUUCUGGAGAGCAGUGCAUGAUACUCGACAGAGCACUUGAUUGCGAUUUUGACAAGAUGUUUGCUUUUACAAUGGACUGUCCCUUUGGAACCUAAAAUCUAGUAUAAGUACGAUGGCUGAUUGUGCUUCUGUGUUUUGAGAGUUGCUAUAAUAACAUAUUGAAAUACACUAUCCAUAAUAUGAAACAUAUGAUUGAAGUUUUAGUUUCUCCUUGUGGAAUAGGCAUAUUAAUUCAGGAUUCAAAGGUUGAAUUGUGUGCCAAAUUUAAGUACUGUUUUCAUUUGUCUGUAUCUGAGAUUACUUGACAAGACUGUACAUGGAUGUAAAUGUGUGAAUAAAAAAAAGUUUUUUUGUUA